CACAUUCAAGAAAAAUUUAACUCUACAUGCGCGGGUUAAUCAUAUCUAGUUAUUAGUUAGUUAGAAUAGCUAGCGGGAGUGAAGAAAAUAGAGCAGUCGCUAUACAUAACGAGUACGAGCACUCCUCAGUUGGCUGUUGGAGAAGGCGCGAGAGAGAAGGUCGCGGGAAAAUAAAAGAUUGUGCAUGGCAUCUGGGUUUUGUCUUUUGUUUUGUCCUUGUGACUAUACAAGACUGAGUUUUGUAGUGGAGCAAAUGGCAAUAACACUGAACAAUGGAUUCCAGAUGCUAAUAAUUGGCUUAGGUGUGAGGCGGAUGGAAGGGAAAGAAAUCAAAAACCUCGUUAUUAAUCCUAUCAAGCUUGGCUACCGUCAUUUUGAUUGUGUUGCUGAUCACAAGAGUGAAGCAAUAAUAGGGGAGGUGUUAGCCGAAGCUUUCAAAACAGGGCUUGCUAAGAGGGAGGAUCUUUUCAUUACUUCCAAGGUUCUUUCAAAACAGGGCUUGCUAAGAGGGAGGAUCUUUUCAUUACUUCCAAGGUUUAGUUUAAUCACAGAUUUUAACACUCGCAUGAUCUCAUUCUGGUUUAUUAUUAAGUGAUUAUGCAUAAUGGUGGUUGUUUUUCUUGCUUUCCGCCUGGUUUUCAGCUAUGGAAUUCAGAUCAUGGACAUGUUGUUGAGGCCUGCAAGGAUAGUUUAAAUAAGCUUUAGCUUGAUUAUAUUGAUCUUUACCUUGUACGCUUUGCAGUAGCCACAAAGCAUGCUUGCGUGCAGCUUGAUAAUCUGAUCAGCUGGAGGUUCUUAUGAUGAACAUAGGAAAUGGCUUCCAGAGCCGAGAAAGAGUUGCGAUUAAGCAUUGUCUAUUUCAUUGCUUGGACGGUGCUCAUUCUGAACAUGUUUUUUAAGGAGAUUUGACACAGUCAAUUUCCUGGGAAACAUGGAUAAAACAGUAACGAGGAUUUUUCAACUUGCAGUUCUAGCUAUCAUAGAAAUGGUUUUGCUGGCUCCUCUGCAUAAUAUAUGGGGAGGGGGGAAUAAAAACAGAUGGAAGACACGACAUGUAAAGUGGGAUCAAUCUUUUACAUUUUAAAUAUUUUUUAUGUAAAAAACAUAUCGAGAUAGCUUGUAUAUCCGGUAUUUUUUUGGAAAAAAAUACAUAUCCCGCGCGAAUUAAAUAAUUAGUAUAUACAAAAACAAGGUUUUGAAGUAUUU